AUGUCAUUAUCCCUAGAAACGACAGAUCAUCUGAGAUACAGUCAAUUAAAUGUGAGAAUCCGUCGGUUUGCUCACAAUCGUUUGCAGAUAAUUAAAAGUGAACUGAGGGAAAUAUUUACAUUUCACCCAAAAGAAUGGAUAGGCUCAUUUCGUUGUAACUCAACAUAUCCAUUCUUUGCCAAAGGCGAUAUCGAUGGUUUCAUUGCACUAUUCAUCAAUACAUUAGCAACAUUCUUAGCAGUUAUUCUAAGUUUACAACCAAUUUUAGGCAAUGAAAUUGUAUUUGAAAAAAUUGCACCUGGAGUGGGAAUAUCGAUGUUGUGGGGUAAUCUGUAUUACGUGUAUAUGGCACGCAAAUUAGCAUUCAAAGAACAACGUGAUGAUGUAUGUACUAUGCCCUAUGGAAUGAACACUCCGGGUGCAUUUGCUUUCAUUUAUGUUAUUAUUUUGCCGACUUAUUACGGGUGUAUUUCAUCGAAUGAAAAAAGUUACUGUCAAGAGCUAUCAUGGCAUGUUGCUUUGGCAAGCAACUUGAUAACAGGGAUUAUUCUAUUGUUAUUGAGUGUCUUCGGCGAAUUUAUCCGACGCAAUACACCGAGUGUGGCUUUACUUUCGUCAAUUUCCGGUCUUGGAUUUGUUUUCCUAGCACUAAAUGAAUAUCUGCCAGUUGCAGCUACACCGAUUGUAUCAUUCCUUCCAUUUGCAAUUGUUAUGUUAGGAUUCUUUGGGCGAGGUGAGAAUCAUGACGAUUAUCAUUGUCAAAUGUUUGCCGAAUUCUUUAUUUCUUCAGUUGAAAUUGGUCCUAUUCCAGUAGCAUUUAUUGCACUAGUGGUCGGCACCAUUCUAGCGUGGAUCACGUCGCUCAACCAGUCUUCAGACGUGCGCGAAGCAAUUCAAUUCAUCAAAGUUUACAGACCUGUCUUUCCAAUCAAAGAAAUAUUUCGCCACUUCAACACGAUCAGCGGUUAUCUCUCGACAACGAUACCAACAGCGAUAUCGAUUGCUAUUGGAACUAUUCAAUGUAUUGAAUCAGCCAAGCGCGCAGGUGAUUUUUAUCCAACAAGGGAAGCGAUGUUUGCAGACGGAAUGGGGACAAUUAUCGCAAGCCUAUUUGGAUCUAUUUUUGGCAUGACGACGUACAUUGGUCAUUCAGCUUACAAAAAAAUGGGGGCAAAACAAGCAUAUUCAGUUCUCCAUGGUAUUGUUUAUUUACCAUUGUGUUUUCUUGGACUUAAUGCUCUAUUAAUUUCUAUUAUUGCCAUUGUAUCAAUCAAUCCUAUUGUGAUCUUUAUCGGUUUGGUUAUCUGUACAGAUACUCUAUCCAUCACUCCUCAACGUCAUUACCCAGCAUUCCUUCUUGGUAUUAUGUCCAUUGUUGCUGAUUGGGCACAAGGAACGAUUAUCAAUGGCGUUACGGUCGCUUAUUCUGCUUUUACCAUACCAAAUGUUCAGUUCUCAUCCAACAUAACGUCAUCAAUAUCCAGUUUUUCAUACCGUGGUUUAAUUAACUUUGCUGGUGGAUCCCAAUUGCAAUGUAUUUUCAUCACUGCAAUUAUGAUGUAUAUGAUUGAUCGGAAGUUCAUACGUGCUGCUGUUUGGUCUUUUCUUGCCGGACUGUUUGCAUUUUUUGGAUUGAUCAACUCAACUAAUGUUGGCAUAUUAAUUAAACAUACCGAUGAUGGUUGGCGAUUUACGCUUAGUUAUCUGAUGCUGGUUAUUUUAUUUGCAUGUUUGCAAUUUGCACAACAAAAAAAGUGGAUAAAAGAACAAGAAACUGAACCUGAUGAUUUGUCUAGCCCAGAAUGGAUUGAAUGGAAAAACCGACAAACUUCGGGAGAAAUAUCUUGA